UUGUUUACUCCGUUUUCUGACAGAAUCACACGCUCUCUCACUCUCUAUCGCUACCGUUACAAAAAAUUAUGGGUGUUUCAUUUUCAUUUUCAUUUUCCAUAUAUACAUGCACCUAUACUUACAUUCUAAUAAACAUUGUGUAUAUGUGUUUUAAUUGAACUUGCGGUCGGCGGUUUUGAUUUAUCAUUGAGCGGUUUUUGUUCGUCGGGGAUCCACCGGUGGAAGUUCUUUUUUUCAAGUCUUCAGUCAGAUCAAUAAGGGUGUCAUGUCGAAUAGAGGAUUAUCGUCAUUGGAAAUUGGUUCUUUGCCCAAGUUCAAGCCCAGGAAAGUCUCUGCAGUUCGAGAUUUCCCACCUGGGUGUGGCCCCAGUGCUAAGCCAGUGGAUUUGAAGUUUGCAAAAAAUGACCAUGUUGGGACCGGUGUUGUGGAGGCUGGCGGUAUAAUAACUUCCAAAGGGACUAAUGGUGUUGAGAAUUUUGCAACAGCUGAUAUGGAGUCAAAUAGGUUUCAAAAUUCUGAAAUAGCCAACAGUAUGGAGGCAAAUGCAGGAUUGCAUAAUGACUUCAAAAAUAUUUCAAUGAAGGAAGUGAUAGAAGCUGAAGGUCAGAAUAUGAAGGGGUUAAAUGGGGCGAAAGAUUUGGCUUUGGUUAAAUAUAUAGGUUCAGAGGAGGUGAAACCUGUCAUGGUAAUUGGUGGUUCUCAAUUGUUGUCAUCUCCCAAAGAGCCAAUUUUUAAUGACAGUGUUAAGCAGGGAACUUCUGUUGGGCAUAAGGAUAAAUUCCAUCGUAGAAGAGUGUCUGCUGUUUGUGAUAUUCCUCCAUCCUGUGGCCCAAAUGCUCCUCAACCUACCAAAGAAGGACGGCAGAUGAUUAGUCGUGGAAAUGGUUGUGUCGAUGGCGUUAAAAUUUUUAAAGUUGAAACGGAUGGGACUCGGACAUGGAAAAAUCUGGAAAGAGGGGAAUUGAUGGAGACACGGAAAAUAUCUGAAACCCAAUCUGUGGGUGGAGUUGAAAAGGAUGAAGUCAGAACAGAAGCAACCAAAACAAGUAGAGGAAAAAUUGGAGAAAAUGUGAGGAGGAGGCCUUUAUCAUGGCAACUCGAAUACAAAGCUUUUGCCAAAAGAAGUAAAGUUGAGAGAGACAUUUCAGGGGGACCAUCCAUGAAGAAGAAAGCAAUCCCUGUUCUUACUGGAAAUCUGGGUGCAUUGAUCCUCAGGGAUAAAAAAUGUCAUUGUGCUCUUUAUGAAAAUCCACCCUCAAAUUCUCGUGCCAGUUAUGCAACACAUAAUUUUUAUGUUAGCGCUACUGAACAUUCUAGUCAUGGUGAUGCCCGUAAUAGAGUGAUAGAGACUCUUCGAUUGUUUCGUUCUAUUUGCAGACAGUACUCUCAAGAUGAAACAAAGUCCGAGAAUCAAUUAAAGAGGAUUGAUCUUCAAGCAGCAAAAAUUAUCAAAGCAGCAAAAAGGGAAGUUAACACAGGCAGGCCAAUUUUGGGAGAAGUACCAGGAGUUGAAGUGGGAGAUGAAUUUCAAUACAGAGUCGAGCUUGCUAUUGUUGGCAUUCACCGCUUAUACCAGACUGGUAUAGAUUCAAUGAAGCACAAUGGAAUAUCAGUUGCAAAUAGUAUUGUUGAUGCUGGGGUUUAUUCUGGUGAUAAGCAUAAUGCUGAGGUAAUGAUAUACUCUGGACAUGGGGGAAACAUAGUUGGGAAGAAUAAGCAACCUGAAGAUCAGAAGCUCGAGAGAGGAAAUUUGGCCUUAAAGAAUAGUAUAUCAACGAUGAAUCCCGUUCGUGUUAUCCGAGGAUGGAAAGAAACAAAUCGUUCAGGUAAGCUAGUCACAAUGUAUGUUUAUGAUGGCUUGUACACAGUGAAUAGGUAUUGGCAAGAAACAGGGCCUCAUGGGAAGCUGGUUUUUAUGUUUGAGUUGAGGAGAAUUCCCGGUCAACCUAAGCUUAGACAAAAAUCGAAAAUAUAAGACGGUACUUAAUAGUUUUGGGGCUGUAUGUAGAAAAUCGUAUGAAAAUCUUUUUUCUUUUUUAGAACUGCCCUGUAAACUUUCUACUAGGGAAAAAACAACUUAUAUUGUAAAAGGAGAUUGUGAAAAGUAGAAAUAUAAAAUCAGUGAUUAUGAAUGUCUUGGUGG